AUGCUGCGCUCGGGCGCGCGCCGUCUGAGCAGGGGCGUAGCCACAGCAGCGAAUCCGUUCCCUUCGGAAAAUGCGAGCAUCGCAGCCUGUUGGUAUCGACAGCUGCUCUAUAGCUCAGCAUCCCUGCAGCUCAAUCGACGUUCCACCAUUCGUCGACCUUCAGCUCGCUUUGCUGCGCACUUCUCGACGGCAGACUUUCCUUCAGACUCCUACUUUAGCGCAUCGCAGCCAGACCAUCCUUCCCCAGCUCGCCAUCCUUCGGCCUCGCAGCUGGAGCGCUUUUUGCCUCCGCUCGUCGACCUCGACCUCAUCGCCAUUAGAGACGCUCAUCGGCCUCUGAUCGCGGCUCUCCAACAUCUAGACGCCGACCUCGCUUGGCACCUCUACAAACAGCUUGGCAAAGCUCGUCGCAGCCUGCCAACAUCCGUCAUCGACCUCCUCAUCACUCUGCAAUGUCGCAAACCCGUCAGGAGCUCCCCAGACAAUGUCAUCGAUAGCCGACUUGCUGUGCGGCAAGUCUGCGACGGGGUCUUGGUACUCUGCUCUGAUCGAACGCGCUCUCAUCAAGCUGCCAGCUCUUCCAAAGCCGCCCCAUCCUUACCCGACAAGGACGGAAUCUCUACACUUUCCGCUGCUGUUUCGCUGAGGUUGCUGUACCUGCUCGUUGUCGAAGAAGAGCAGAUCGCCGCAUCCAAGAGAUCUUCAGCCGCUAGACGGCGCAACAACCUCUCGAGCACCCUUGCCAUACUCUUGGCCAACGUACAAGCGCAGGAAGAGCCCACAGAAAAGUUCGAUGGUCCGCUGCGAGGGCGUCUAGCAGCCACGCUUUCGCGAGUAGGUGCCACAGAUGCUGCUUACGAUCAGCUGAAAUACGUGGUCGAGCAGGCUGCCCUGACGGAUGACGACCUCUUCAUCGAUCCGCGUCCCUUCGAUCAGCUUCUCUCUGCGCUAGCUAGGAAAGCAGAGGCUUUUCCGCAUCACGCCAGUCUCCUUCCAUCGCCCGUCGACAUGGCGUACUCUCAGGUGGACGAGCAUGAUCCCAUCAUCCGAGCUUUGCGGCUCACCUUGUCGUCUGAAGUCCCAGCUUCUAAAGCCAUCAUCCACAAAUGUCUGCAAGCCCUCGACUCAGCUACGCUCUGGUGGCUGCUACCCUUCGAGCUUGAUGGCAAGACAACGGAAGACGGCCGCUCUCCUCGGCUGUUUGACGAUCGCUUUUCUCUCAAGCCAAAGUGGCACCCUUGGCAGUCUUCAACAAAUGGCGCAAGUAUGAUCUCGCAAGACUCGCUCGACUCCUUCGCCGAACGCGUCGCCCUCGUGCUCGCUCAGCGGGGCAUUCUCCAACCUGCCCUUCACAUCGUAGAGGGCCUACAGCUAUCGCAUUCCGACGCGCAUGCUCAGCACGAGACGCUGUCCAUGACCAAGACGCCGGAUCACGACCUCUUCACCGUCUUGUUGGAGAAGCUCGCGGAACGAAUGGCCUCUGACAGCGGCCAAGAUGCGCGCACCUCGUUGGACACGCAUCGAGGGCUCUCGCUCGAUCUUCAUCUUGCCAUGAAAGUGUAUACCGCUGCGCAUUCGGCAAGCGUUGACCUGGAUUCUCGACUCAACCAAGCCAUCAUCAAGGCUCUCGCCAGCUGCUUGCCCACGGCUGUCGCCGAUUUGGGGCCCAGACGAUCCCGCUUCACCAAGAUCAAGACUCACAUAACGCAACGUAACGAGCAACGUGGCAGCAAGCAGGCUUUGAGAGUCUACCUCCGCCAGUUUGCGGACAUGCUGCUCACGAGCGAUCCUGAUCUGAGCAAGGGCUCCCUCAGCUACCCUGCUCAGGCAACCCUCCUCGGUCUCCACAUGCGCACCCGUGACUACGCCUUCACCAAGCGGCUGUAUCAGCUUAUCCGUAUUCGCGAACCGACUCGGCAGCUUUGGUCGUCAGACACCAAAGGAGACUCUCUGCAAUCAGCCGCGCUUGAUCCUCUGGCUGGUCCGGACCAAGACACCUUCAUGUGGCUCUUCGCAGAGAGCCUCCGAUCGCCUGCGAGGACCGUCUUUGCGGUGCAGCUCUACUUCGACUGGCUUGCGAGCGGCCACACGCUCCCGUCGAGCCUCAAUGCGAUCUUCGUCAAAGGUCUCUUGCGUGCUGGCCUCCUUUCCGUCGUACAGCGAGUACUGCAGCAAUGGGAAGGCGAUCGCGCUCUGCUAACGGCUGGUCUAGCCCGCAGUCUCGUCCUUUCGUUUGCGGACGCCGGUUUCCCCGAUUUAGCCAUGGAGCUGGUCGUCAACGUCUCUCAAGCCACGGCUUCAACGCACUUCUUCCAAAACGCCACUGCCGACGUGGGCGGGUCAGAUGAUUCAGGCGAAGCGUGGCGCCUCGUCUCAUCCCUCAAGCUCAUGAGCAUCGCCCUUGAUCGGUCAAGCAGGGUCGCUGCCCCGGACUUUGGCGACCUAGAUCGCAGGGUGCUCCGUCUCUUCGAAGAGUUUCGGCUAGGCUUGACCCACCAUCUCUGCAUGAACAUGUCCCAACGAGCUGAAAGUGCGCAGACUGGGUCCUCUUCUAGCGGACUGACGUUGAGAGACGUUCGAAUGGCCUACAACGCGUCUAUGAGGGCUUCUUUGUCGGUCCUGCCGUCUCCUUCUGGCGUCAGCACUACUACAAAUGCCGACGCUUCGGAAGCAGACUGCGAGCUUGUGCGGUCGACCUGUGUGCAUGUCGAGGAGCUCUUCGGAGAGCUCAAGGACUUGGUCGCCGAACCCGACAGCGAUUCUUGGAAUCUGCGACUGACAGCACACUUACACGCGUGCCUCGCCGCGCCAUCGCAAGCACAGCGAGCUAGCCGGCUGCAGACAGCGACCGAGAUGCUCGAGCGCACAUACGGACAGACCUUCAGGACGGAUGGCGAUCUGCAGGCAACGGAGCCCGAGGCUCACGACCUCGCACCAAGUAUGAAAGCACGAGGCACCCGACCCGUUGAAGUCCACGCAGCAGUCGUUGCGGCCGCCAUGGAUGCCAGUCGCUUGUGUGGCGAUCUCGAAUCGGGUCUGCAUGUCUAUCAGCUUCAUAUGCGUCACAGCGAUCCCGAUACACUCGUAGAAAAGGCACGCUUGCUGCUUCUCGCGGACUUGGCCGAGCCGCGUCAGUGGCGAAAUGAGCUCGACCGUCUCUUGCAGCGCAGCAAGUCGGUGCUCGGGCUCAACGACGACUUCUUGAAGCAGCUGCAGACGCUAUCGAACGCAGCCACGCAGCGCACCGCGACGAACGCCUUCGUCGGAUAA